GUUUUUGUUUGGAGAUUUUUCUGGUUUUUGGUUUUGUAAUAAUUGAAUCUUGGAUUGAUUAAGAUAUGUGGUGAUGUACUUUUUUGGUGGAUUGAUUACUGACUUUUGGAAUUUUGUGUUUGUUUAUAGUGCUUUAGGGAAUUGUUUAAAGUUUUUUUAUUAUCAUAGUGCUUUUGGCCAACUUUUGGUCCUAUCUUUGUUUUGUCAUGUAUGGGGUGUGUGUUUAAUGAUAAUGUGUAUGUAUUUAUUCCAGAUACACUGUAUUCUUGAAUAUACCAAAGUAUUGGGUUGAUAAGAUCUCAUGAUUUAAAGUGUCUUUUCAUCUAUCUCUCAUAUACACACAUGCAGAGUAUUGGUUUUUGGGUGUAUAUCUCUGAGCUCUUUUUAGUCAGUUAGGGGUUUUCUCUUGGUGUUUAGGACAUUCUUAAAGGGGGUAAGGCAGGGUAGGACUGCGUACAUCCCACCUUACCCAGAAUCCACUUGUGGGAAGACUCUAAACCUUACCCAGAAUCCACUUGUGGGAAGACUCUAAAGAGACUGGGUUUGUUGUUGUUGUUGCUUCAUAUUAUUUUGAGUGUCAUCAGCUCUUAGAAAUCAAUUGGUUUAGGCAAAGAUGGAGACGCAGAACCUGGAACGUGGACAUGUAAUUGAGGUACGUUGUGACAUGGCAGCUCAAGAAAAGGGGACUAAAAUCUGUGGUUCAGCACCGUGUGGAUUCUCAGAUGUUAACACCAUGUCUAAGGAUGCACAGGAGAGAUCAGCAUCCAUGAGGAAACUUUGCAUCGCGGUUGUCCUCUGCAUCAUAUUUAUGGCUGUUGAGGUUGUUGGUGGUAUUAAAGCCAACAGUCUGGCAAUAUUGACCGACGCUGCUCAUCUACUAUCAGAUGUUGCAGCUUUUGCAAUAUCCUUGUUUUCACUCUGGGCAGCAGGAUGGGAAGCUAAUCCACGCCAGUCCUAUGGGUUUUUCAGAAUCGAGAUACUCGGGGCAUUAGUUUCUAUCCAAAUGAUAUGGCUUCUAGCUGGGAUCCUUGUUUAUGAAGCCAUUGCUCGACUUAUUCAUGAUACAGGUGAAGUUCAAGGCUUCCUCAUGUUUGUGGUGUCUGCAUUUGGAUUAGUAGUGAACCUCAUCAUGGCACUCUUGUUAGGUCAUGAUCAUGGCCACGGCCACGGCCAUGGCCACAGCCACGGUCAUGACCAUGAACACGGCCAUAAUCAUGGCGAGCAUGCUCAUAGCAAUACUGAUCAUGAGCACGGCCAUGGUGAGCAUACGCAUAUACAUGGAAUUAGCGUUAGCCGACACCAUCACCAUAAUGAGGGACCUUCGAGCCGAGAUCAACACCCCCAUGCGCAUGAUGGAGAUCACACCGUGCCUCUACUUAAGAAUUCAUGUGAGGGUGAAAGUGUAUCAGAAGGUGAAAAGAAAAAGAAGCAGCAGAACAUAAAUGUUCAGGGAGCUUAUCUUCAUGUAAUAGGAGAUUCUAUUCAGAGCAUAGGGGUGAUGAUUGGGGGAGCUAUUAUAUGGUAUAAACCAGAGUGGAAAAUCAUCGAUCUAAUUUGCACUCUCAUUUUCUCUGUAAUUGUGCUCGGGACAACCAUUAGGAUGCUUCGGAGUAUUCUUGAAGUAUUAAUGGAGAGUACGCCCAGAGAAAUUGAUGCAACAAGGCUCGAGAAGGGGCUCUGUGAGAUGGAGGACGUUGUCGCAAUCCAUGAAUUGCACAUAUGGGCAAUUACAGUCGGCAAAGUGCUCCUGGCUUGCCAUGUCAAGAUUAAGUCCGACGCUGAUGCUGACACGGUGCUGGAUAAGGUGAUUGAUUAUAUUAAGAGGGAAUAUAACAUUAGCCAUGUAACCAUUCAAAUAGAAAGAGAGUAAUGGCAUGGAAAAGUUUAUUUUGGCUGUUCUACUGGUCAUUGGCUUCUUUAUUCUUUCGAAUAGUAGUUUAAAAGGAAAACUAGAUCUGGUUAAGCGGUUCCAGUAUCUGUUUCAGUUUGGUAAAUCAUGGUUUGCAUUUUAUGGUAAUAGCAAGGCACAAAGCUCUUUUGAAAUCUGAUUGAAUCAUGUGAGGCAACUCUGGCAGGUGGCUUCGAUACAUAGUUACAGGUUCUUUCCUCAAGGCUAGGUUUUAAUAAGUUUUAUAUCUGUAGUUCAGUUUCGUAUAUUCGUUUGCUUGUUAACUUGUAAUUUGGCAUGCCUGUCAUUUUUCUUUGUCUAAGCUGAGGAACACCAAAGAGAGAAAGAAUUAGGAAAGAGUUAUGAGCUAGGUCUCAUAGCUCCUAAUUUUUUCACACUGCAAAAACUACAGAACUGGAGGAUAUUUUAGUGCAGGAGGCAACUACAGUAUAUAAUGCAUUAGGUGCAUAAGUGCAUGUAUGCUUUAGACUUGGUAACGUGUAUGUAUAGUAUAGAUAUCAGUAUUUGAUACAAUCACUGGAACACAUAAAAAACAUUGUUGACUCAA